UUUCUUCCCUGUUCCCAUCUUUCUUCACCAAAUCAGUACCCAAUUUCAUAUUUUUAAAUGCCUUGAACUCAAAGAUUUCUUAUCCUCCCUCCCCUUCUUCACAUUGCAUUUGCUCUUAUUUAUUGCAGACAGGGGGGAGGGAAGACAUGCACCACGAGCUCCUGCAUCAGCUCCAUUCCUUGUUUUUCUUAGCAGAGGAGUUUAGCAGCAGAGUUAGCAGUUGCUCUUGUGCUGUUCCUGGAGAGAGCCAAACACUUGGGAUUGUUUGGAUCAUGACCAUGUCUUUCACUGGCACCCAGGACAGCAAAGCAUGUGACAAGACUGUCCAUUUCAUUGAUCUCUUGACUGCAGAUGGAGUCCCUUAUCACAAGACUUGCUUCAAGUGCAGCCACUGCAAAGGAACUGUGUCUAUGUGCAACUACUCUUCCAUGGAUGGCAUCCUCUACUGCAAGCCUCACUUUGAGCAGCUGUUCAAGGAGUCAGGCAGCUUCACCAAAAAGUUCCCAACAGGAGCAAAGUCUGGUGAGAGGAAUGAACUGUCUAACAGCUCAAGCAAGAUAUCCUACAUGUUCACCGGAACCCAAGAGAAGUGUGUCAGCUGCAAGAAAACUGCAUACCCUUUGGAGAAGCUGACCGUGGAAGGCGAGUCGUACCACAAGACCUGCUUCAAGUGCUCUCAUGGGGGUUGCACACUGACGCCAUCCUCCUACGCUGCCCUCGAAGGCAUCAUCUACUGCAAGCACCAUUUCGCGCAGCUGUUCAAGGAGAAGGGAAGCUACCAUCACCUGGUCAGCGUUGCCUCACUGAAGCGAAGUUCUGAACCUGAGAAGGCACCGACCGAGGGCUGAAACCACGAGCGUG